AUGGACGAUUUUCUUGAUGAUUAUGAAGUUACGUUCUCUGACGAAUCAGAAUCUGAGAAUGAUGAUGAUAAUAGCGAUACUAUUAUCCCGGAACCGCCUGUAUAUCAGACGUUCAGCUCAGCGGAUGAGGCUUUUGACUCACUACAGGCCUUUGGCCUAGUCAACGGCUUUGCAGUUAUUCGACGUCGCUCAAGAAAGGAUCCUAGAACGGGGGAUCUUAGAUAUAUUGAUAUAGUAUGCGAUAGGGGCCGUACAGCAGAGAAUCAGUCUCGGGGAAUCCGUGUGGGUCGUUCUCGUCGAAUCGAUUGUCCCUUUACUGCACGGCUUAAACUCAAUACCCUAUUCGAUAGAUGGUCCUUAGCUAUCGAAGAAGCUACUCAUAAUCAUGGCCCUGUGUCUAUAUCAGCCCUUCCAGCUCACCGACGUACCGAGCUUCGCCGGCGAUACGAUCAGAUUGUGGGAAUGCUUAAUGAAGGGCUUCCGAUACGCUAUAUUACAUCUAUUCUACGCAAAGAGUUUCAGGAGUUGAUAUUGAGCGUUUAA